AUGGUUCAUGGAGUUGUUCAUUGGGGUUGGGAAGGUCAGACACGUGGAGUUCUCCAGGGUAUUCAGAAUCAGCAAGGGGUUCAAAAUCAUAUGAGAAUUUUGUUCAAGAAGUGUCAGAUGAGAGUUUGCCGUAUGAUAGUGAAGGGCCACACAUGGGGACCCGGUAGUGGUCCAAACAGUCCAAGGUCUUCUUCUCGUAGGCCGAGAGUUUCAGUCCAUAGUUAUCAUGAGCCGUAUGUUCCACAUAAUAUAGUUCGAAGACAAGAACAAAACGAGCGAGACAAAGAGAGCAUCGUGGAGCCGAUCCAACCUUGUAUGUGCUUCGAAAAAUGUUAUCCCAUAUGCAGCAACAAAAGAACCAAUAUACUUCUGGUUGUGGGGCAUACAAGCUUCCUAGAAUUGGUUGAAAAGACCGUCAACAUCGAAGAAAGUUUAGUUAGUGAAGGUUUAGCUAAGGAAAAGAAAAUUGUAUCCCAAGGACAAGGAAGUGGGAGCAACGAUUCAAGAGCUGAUCAAGGUCAAAAGCAGAACAACUCGAUAAGUCAAGGACAGUCAAGUGGACGAGGGAGACGUCGAGAAAACCGUGGUGAUAGUGCAGGAGCGACCUCAGACUCUGAUUAUGUAUGUUACUCAUGUGAUGAGACAGGACACUGA